AUGUUUCAUCUGUUUCGAGUUUCGGAUCACACUCCUUGUAUCCUAAAAAUUCUCGGCUCUAGUGGGUUUCGGCCAAGGCCUUUUAAGUUUCCGAACUUUAUUGCCACCAAGCCAGAAUUUAAGGAGAUUGUUAAACUAGAGUGGACGAAGAAUGUGGAGGGGAUCGCUAUGCUUUUGGUUGUAAAGAAGUUGAGGAAUUUAAAGCCGAGGUUGAGAAAGCUCUUAUUCAUUCAGGGAAACUUGCAUAUGAAAGUUAAUAAUUUGAGGAAGGAGCUAGAUGAGAUUCAAGGUCGGGUUGAUCGUAAUCCGUGGAGUGGUCAUCUGCGUCAACGGGAAACUCAAUGUCUUAAAGAUUUUCAAGCGGCUGCCUAUGAUGAGGAAUGCUUUCUGAAACAGAAGUCUAAGGUAGAAUGGCUUUGUGCAGGGGACUCGAACACAAAAUUUUUUCAUAACAUUGUGAAAUCUAGGAAUGCUAGAGCGAGGAUUUAUAGUGUUAUGGAUCUUAUAGGGGCUAGACAUGAAGGAGAAGAUGUUGCUGAUGCUAUGGUUCUGCAUUAUUCAAACUUUUUGGGCAUGGAGCAUCCGGUCGAGACAACGAACUUGGAAAACUUGUUUUCUAAUGUGCUUAGUAACGAAGAUGCGGAGAAUAUGAUUCGUCCGAUUACUCGUCAGGAGGUUAAGAACGCCAUGUUUAGUAUUGGAGAGGACAAGGCCCCUGGGCCUGAUGGGGGUAAGCGGGGUUUAAGGCAAGGUGAUCCUAUGUCGCCCUACUUAUUUACGCUAGUCAUGGAGGUCUUAUCGCUUCUGCUUAGGCGAGCAGCUAGUAUGCCUUUUAAAUAUCAUGCUCACUGUGCUAAGGAGAAGAUAAUUAACGUGUCUUUUGCUGAUGACUUAUUUAUCUUUGUGCAUGGUGAUGUGGUCUCUGUUAAGAAAAUAAAAGAAGCGCUGGAGAUAUUUACUAAUAUUUCAGGUCUUGCGCCUAGCCCAGCUAAGAGUACGGUGUUUUUUUGCAAUGUUCCUCACUCGAUUCGACAGGAAAUUCUGAAUAUUAUGCCUUAUCAGGAGGGUGUUCUUCCGGUCCGCUAUCUAGGGGUUCCGCUUAUUUCUUCAAGACUUUUAUAUAAAGAUUGCAUGGUCCUCAUUGAGCGUAUGAAUAAAAAGAUUGUUAAUUGGGCAACCAAAGCUUUGUCGUUUGCUGGUAGGUUACAACUUAUUAACUCGGUUCUCUCAUCAAUGCACAUCUAUUGGGCCUCAGUGUUCAAUAUUCCGGCUAGGGUUAUUAAUGAGCUUGAAAAGCGUAUUCGCAGAUUUUUGUGGAAUGCGGGUUCGGAUGGUAGAAUUCGUGCCAAGGUCGCAUGGAAAGAAGUGUGUUUGCCGAAGAAUGAGGGUGGUUUGGGCAUUAGAAGUAUUUCUGAUGUCAAUAAAUCGCUUAUGACAAACCAUAUUUGGAGUAUUAUCACUAAGUGGGAUUCUAUUUGGGUUCGAUGGAUUCAUGAGUAUAAGCUUAAAGGUCGAAACUUUUGGGAUAUUCCGUGCCGUGGGAGUAUUAGUUGGGGAUGGCGAAAGAUCUUAUCUAUUCGUCAUAUCAUUCGGCCUCACAUAUGGUCUUCUAUUCAGAGUGGUGUUCAAACCAAUGUGUGGAGUGAUAUGUGGUGCUCGCUAAGUCCGCUUAGUUCCUUUAUAUCUCCUCGGGCCAUUGCUAAUGCUGGCUUUUCGUUACAGUCUACAGUUGCAGACGUUAUUGAUCAAAACGGAAAUUGGAAGUGGCCGCAAGCUUGGUUGGAUCUCUUUCCGGUGUUAUUCACGAUCUCGGUUCCGGUUACUGUUCCUAAUUCUAUUGAUCGUUUGGUGUGGAAAGAUUUGGAUGGGAAAACUGGUGAAUUCCAAUCGGCUCAGGUUUGGAAUACAAUUCGGAAUAGGGAGAAUCAGGUGAUGUGGUCUAACAUGGUUUGGUUUUCUCAAUGCAUUCCGAGGCACUCAUUUCAUUUGUGGCUGGCGUUUCGAAAUAAACUAAAAACUCAGGACCGGUUGACAGCUUGGGAAGCAGGGAAUCUUACAAAUUUAAAUUUGAUGUGUUGUCCGCUAUGUUACACGGAUCGUGAUAGUCGGGAUCACUUAUUUUUCCGAUGCUCUUUUGUGGAUCAAGUGUGGAGUAACGUUAAGAAGUUGGUUCAGCUGAGGAGCGUGGAUAAUUCUUGGGAAUCGUUAAUAGGCUGGGUGGAUCAACAUUCCGGUUCUAAGAAACCGGAUUAUGUUGUUUGUAAAUUGUUGAUUGCGGCUUCGUCUUACUACAUCUGGCAAGAGAGGAAUAACAGGAUUUUUAAAAAUCAUAAGAGGACGGUAGCUCAAGUGAUUGAGGUAAUUAAAAACUCGGUUCGAUUGCGUCUGAUGGGAUUCAGGUUUCGGGUGGCUUCAACUAAGGAAAGGAUUUUCAAGUUGUGGAAGAUUGAAGAGAACGAAGAUAAUGUAGCGGAGCCAGGCUAA